AUGCGCCUUUCUCAAGUUUUACGAGUUAUGAUACUAGGAAAAGACGGCCAAGCGGUGUGGAAAGAGAUAACCGAAAACAAAUUACCAAAAGGUGGCAAAAAAUUGUCGUUCCGACAGGUAAUUUACCUCAUAUUUUUAAAAAUGUAAAGAAGUAAAUACAUUAUAGAAUGCUGUCAUCGGUUUUGGAAUAGUCAUGUUCGUUUUCUCUUAUGCGCAUUUCCAAGAUGAAAUUAAUCCGGGCUCAAAAUGGUCACGUAAGUAUUAUACAUUGAAAGAUAAAAAGAAAUUUUCGAUUUUCUAGAAUAUUUCCGAACAAUAACUCGAGAACCAUUUGCGUGGUUGACUAAGGAUCAACAAAAUCUUCCUAUUUCACCUGAUCAUAUGCCACCGAUAAAAUAA